AUGUCCCGACACCAGUGGCCUGCGCUGGCCUUGCUGGUAAUCAUCCUUCCAUUCGUUGUGACCAGAGGCGAGCCAGUCGAAAAGCCUCCACCCGACGUAGCCGCAUUUGCAGCGGCAGCGGCGCUUGAGGGAUUGGAAGAUGUACAGAGGCUGGAAAGCCAGAUCACAGCGGAUGAGAGCCAACGACUAGCAACCCGUGAUGUUGGCCCGUUGGAGAUCUACACCUUUAUCGAUGAGUCUUUAGGACUGCUUAUCGACACGGCUUUGGCAGCAGUUCGUCAUGCUGCGGCUGCCACAGCGGGAAGCGAGCUCAAUCCCAUCCUGCUGUCAGAGGCAUCGCUGCUGGAGAAACAGCUGAACAACAUGCUGGCAGCGCAAACGAAGGAGCCCUUGUUCUUCUGGCAUGGGCCGAAGCGGUAUGUCUCAUCCCAGCUGCAGCGGCUCUUCGGAAGGGGACCCUGGCACCAGCAGCUGAAGGAGCUGGCAAACGCAGGAUCCACCAGCCUCUCGGCUCUGGUGGGAGAGGCCAGUUCUGAGACCAAGAGAUCGCCCUUACAGGGGAAGCUUCCUCUCAUUGGCCUGGCUGUGGAUGACAGCUACUGCCCCAAAGGUGGGCCAUGCAGCCUCGAGACAGAAGUGCAGGCGCUUGCGUCUCUCAGCAAGAAGGAAUCUCAGUCCGACAGCGGCCUGGUUCAUGUGGUGCUACUACCGUGCCCAGAGGCUGCUCUGGAGCAUCUUGGCAGCUUGCUGCGCCCAAUGCGCGCAAAACUUUAUGUCUCUGCCAUGCUGCCACCAGAGCUCUUCGAUGCACUGAGUCCACGGGAGGCCUCAAAGCCUGCAAGUGUGGCGCAGCUCAUGGAAGGCUACAUCUCAAGCCUGAUCAAGGCUCUUGGUAUACCGAUAGACUUGAUUUGGUUGCCCUACGCAGCUUUCAAGAAGCAAUACUGGCCGGGUACGCAGAAGAUGCUGGAGAAGACGCACUCAUGGGUCUAUGGCAUUCGGGCUGAGGUCCAGCAAGCUUCGGUCGCACAAAAGUUGUUGCUGCGCAAACCGGCUCCUGUCGCAUGGCUUUCCACUGAUGAUUUACUGCGACCAGUUCAACAGGACGCGAUUCACGCGGCUCUGGAAGCUGGCAUUGCCUGUGUGUCUUUGCCUCGCAAAGAGGCAGCUGGCAGAUUUGCUGCAAAGUACUUCAAAGCUGCUGGCCUCAAGGAGGAGCCAUUGGUCCAAGUAGCACAACUCCACUGGGCAUGGCGACGAGGCCUCUCAGCAAUGUGGCGCGGCGGCGAGCUGUUGCCGGGAGAGGCACAAUUCAAGACAAACGUGCUCAAAGCAGCCGCUUUUUCGUCAUCCCAUUAUCAGGCCGGGCAUGAGGAAGUCCCUUCCGACGCGUGGAAGAUCACAUCUCCUCUGGAGGCGGCGCUGCACAGCGGAAGGACAAUCUUGCAGAAGGCAGAGGCGUCUCCGCCAACUGGAACCUACAAGGAUGCUGAUAGCAGCUUUUCCCCGGGCGUGUCAGCUGCGACGCUUACAGGCCUGGCCGACCAAGCAAAGACCUUCAAGGCCAAUGACCAUAUCAUCUAUGCCGAAGACUUCUUCGAUGACCAGACCUUCGCAGCGAUCAAGGAGGAGACAGAAAGAUUGUGGAUGUCUGAAGACAUUGAGGCCAACUGCAAUCUGGAUGGCACCAACCGACUCGGAGGUUACGUUCUUGAUCACGUUCCGCGAAAUUCCAGCCUGUACCGCCUGAUCUACGGAAAUGAUCCUUUCCGUCAGUGGGUUUCUGCAGUGAACGCCGAGGGGCCAAUGUGGCCAUCCGAUUUUCCCAUCGAAGUCCGUGAGUACGGGAGGCAUAGCAGAGGAAUGGGAUGUCAUCCUGACCUGCAGAUGUACAAGGUGCCGCGGAAAGACCUUGAAUUCGCCUUCACGGUAGACAAUGACUCACGCUGCAACGUGAGCUUCUGGGAUGCGGCAGGCAAGCUACACCUUGUCCAGACCAAGCCAAAUUCCAUCAUGAUGGUGGGUGUGAAUGCGGCGACACAUUGCGUUUCAUCAACAGAUGGUGGGACGCGCACAAUUCUGAAGUUUAUUUACGUUGGAGACUAUCGAAAAUCCAACGAGUUUUGGUCGUACACAACGAAUGAGUGUGACGAUAGCAAUCCGAAUCGCCAAAUGCUCAGUGAUCGGAGGACCGUGAGACAACGACAGGCUCGCUCUCUGGAACUCUGA